GUUCCGAGCUUUGUCUCAGAACCGAGUGCCGGGCCGGGGCCGUGUCCUCCGCCUUAAAUUGUACGAGCUGCCGAUCCCGUUCCUCGGCUGAAGGUUUUCUUUUUUGAAAUCCACGCAUCUUCCUUAAGGGAGUCAAGGAGCUCGUCGGUCCCCAAGGAGAGAUUUUGCUUUGGUUUGGGGUGUCAGAUGAAGAUAUUUGGCGGGGAGAGUGAUUCGUGGAGCACGGUUAUACUGACGUUUGUACGCAUGUAAAAAAUUAACCGAGCUGCACGUUUAAGAUUAGGGCAUUUAAUUGGAUGUCGCUAGUCGUACUUAGAAUUUGAAAGUGAUCAGUAAGGGACUGGAAGCUUUUGUUUUUCAAUGGGUUGAAAAAAUCAGUUGAAACGCCGUUUUUCACCUAGGUAUUUCAUGCAUGGGGUUUGUAAGGAAGGAGAUAACUGUCGCUACUCACAUGACCUCUCUGACAGUCCAUAUGGUGUAGUGUGCAAGUAUUUUCAGCGAGGGUACUGUAUUUACGGAGACCGCUGCAGAUAUGAACAUAGCAAGCCAUUGAAACAGGAGGAAGCAACUGCUACAGAUCUAACUGCAAAAUCAUCCCUUGCUGCUUCCUCGAGUCUCUCAUCAGUAGUUGGACCCAUUGUUGAAAUGAAUCUGGGUGAAGCCGAGUCAAGAAAUUCACACUUUGCAGCUGUGGGAGCAGGUUCAGAAGACUGGGUGAAUGCCAUCGAGUUUGUUCCUGGGCAGCCCUACUGUGGCCGUACUGCCCCUUCCUCCACUGAAGCACCCCUGCAGGGCUCAGUGACCAAGGAAGAAUCCGAGAAGGAGCAAACUGCGGUGGAAACGAAGAAGCAGCUCUGUCCCUACGCGGCAGUGGGAGAGUGCCGAUACGGGGAGAACUGUGUGUACCUCCACGGAGACGUGUGUGAUAUGUGUGGGCUGCAGGUGCUCCACCCAAUGGAUGCUGCCCAGAGAUCACAGCACAUAAAAUCUUGCAUCGAGGCCCAUGAGAAGGACAUGGAGCUCUCGUUCGCGGUGCAGCGCAGCAAGGACAUGGUGUGUGGGAUCUGCAUGGAGGUGGUCUACGAGAAAGCCAACCCCAGCGAGCGCCGCUUCGGGAUCCUCUCCAACUGCAACCACACCUACUGUCUCAAGUGUAUUCGCAAGUGGAGGAGUGCUAAGCAAUUUGAGAGCAAGAUCAUAAAGUCCUGCCCCGAAUGCCGGAUCACAUCUAACUUUGUCAUUCCAAGUGAGUACUGGGUGGAGGAGAAAGAAGAGAAGCAGAAACUCAUUCAGAAAUACAAGGAGGCAAUGAGCAACAAGGCGUGCAGGUAUUUUGAUGAAGGACGUGGGAGCUGCCCAUUUGGAGGGAACUGUUUUUACAAGCAUGCGUACCCUGAUGGCCGUAGAGAGGAGCCACAGAGACAGAAAGUGGGAACAUCAAGCAGAUACCGGGCCCAACGAAGGAACCACUUCUGGGAGCUCAUCGAGGAAAGAGAGAACGGCAACCCCUUUGACAACGAUGAAGAAGAGGUUGUCACCUUUGAGCUGGGCGAGAUGUUGCUUAUGCUUUUGGCUGCUGGUGGGGACGACGACCUGACAGACUCUGAAGACGAGUGGGACUUGUUUCAUGAUGAGCUGGAAGAUUUUUAUGACUUGGAUCUAUAGCAGCUUAGCGGGGCGUGUGAACUGGUCUGCUGAGCCUCAGAGAGCCCCUGUCCCCGGUGGUGGCGGCAGUGCCCGUGGUUCUCGCCUAGGCAGGCCUCUCAACUCCAGGUGCUGUCGUAAUAACUUUUACCCAGGGCCUGUCUUCUCAAUCCCGCACCUUUCCCCAAGGAGUAUGUUGUUUUCUCUGUUUAAAAAAGUUACAAAAAUAAAUCUUAAAGUUA